UUUUUUUGUGAUUUACAUGUAAGAGACAGCUCGACACGCUCACCUCUACGUAAUCCACUCAGUUUUUCUCUCCCACACUCAUGUAUAUGUUCCUCCUUUUUAAACACCCAAAACUUUAAUAUCUAAAAUUUCUGCAAUCCAUCUUCGUCAGGAACAGUACAAAAUAAAAAUGAGUACACUAGACGUUGCAAGAAGAGAACUCGGUCUAGUUGUUUUGUAUUUGAACAAAGCUGAAGCCAGGGACAAGAUAUGCAGGACAAUACAAUACGGGUCCAAGUUUGUGAGUAAAGGUGAGGCGGGCACGGCCCAAAACGUUGAGAAGUCAACUGCCCUGGCUAGGAAAGUUUUCCGUCUUUUUAAGUUUGUCAAUGAUUUGCAUGCUCUUAUCAGCCCAACCGCUCCCGGAACUCCCCUUCCGAUUGUUUUACUCGGGAAGUCAAAAAAUGCACUACUGUCGACUUUCUUGUUCCUUGACCAAAUUGUUUGGCUCCACAGAUCAGGCAUUUACAAGAACAAAGAGAAGGCGGAAAUAAUUGGCAGGAUCUCUCUCUACUGUUGGAUGGGUUCUUCAAUCUGUUCUACUUUAGUUGAGUUAGGAGAGCUUGGGAGGCUUUCAAAAUCAAUGAAGAAAUUGAGUAAGGAACUCAAGGGUGCCGAUAAACACAAGAAUGAACAAUAUCGUGCUAAACUUGCAACAUCAAACGAGAGGACAUUGGCCUUGAUCAAAGCAGCGAUGGAUGUAGUGGUUGCUGUUGGGCUGCUUCAACUGGCACCUAAAAAGAUCACUCCACGCGUUACAGGAGCCUUCGGAUUCACCACCUCGCUCAUAUCAUGUUAUCAGUUGCUUCCAUCGGCACCCAAGUCGAAAACACCUUGAAGCAGAUGAUCGUGGGAUGGUGGUUGCCGCACAACCUAGAUUUCGAUAGCGUUAAUAUGAUUAUUAAGAUAUAUUGCCGUCACAUACGUUGUUUGUGUAUGAUUUUUUAUGUGCCAACAGUUGCAAUAAUAUAUGUCGUGUCCGCUUUUAUCGUAUCAA